UGCGGGUAGGGUGGGGCGGAGGGCGAAGGCCGUCGCAGGCACCCUGUUUCCUACCGACCCCCCACCCUACCCGGGGAGCCGCCUGGAGCUCCGCCCUGGGGUUGCAGCCGCACCUUCGGCGUCCACGCCCCCGCACACGCAAAGGCUGCCCCCCACCCGGGCCCCGGCGUGCGCAGGGGAGCGCGCCUGCACACACGCACAUUGCACAAAGACGAGCACCCCACUCCAGCCAGGCAAACGCACCCCAUUCGGCAGCGCACACAGCGGUGCACACGCACCCGCACCCUCGCGUUCACACACGCGCACGUAUACCCACCCAGCGUGCGCCCUCACGUACACACACACACACACACACACGCGGGGCAGCACCCGUGUGGACCUUGAAUGCCGACCUCCGGGCCCUGACGCGCCUGGGCCCUGCCCAGCGGCUGGCUGGGCGGCGAGCACACACGCGCACACCGGCCCCGCGGGCCCUCCCCGCUCGGCUGCUGGGCUCCCCGGCUCCCCGGCUCCCCGGCUCCCCGGCUCCCCGGCUCGGCCGCGGCAGGCGCUGUGCCGCGCGGCGGGACCGGGCGGGGGCGGCGGCCCGGAGCGCGGAGGAGGCGGAGCAGGAGCCGGGAACCGGCUGGCCCGCGCCCCUCCUGUCGGCCGGGGAUUUUCCAGCCUGGGCGCUGACGCCGCGGACCUCCCCGCGGCCGCCUCGGACCAUGGGCGACAAAGGGACGCGGGUGUUCAAGAAGGCGAGCCCCAAUGGAAAGCUCACCGUCUAUCUGGGAAAGCGGGACUUUGUGGACCACAUCGACCUCGUGGAGCCCGUGGAUGGAGUGGUUCUCGUGGAUCCGGAGUAUCUCAAGGAGAGGAGAGUCUAUGUGACGCUGACCUGCGCCUUCCGCUACGGCCGGGAGGACCUGGAUGUCCUGGGCCUGACCUUUCGCAAGGACCUGUUUGUGGCCAACGUGCAGUCUUUCCCGCCGGCCCCGGAGGACAAGAAGCCCCUGACACGGCUGCAGGAGCGCCUCAUCAAGAAGCUGGGCGAGCAUGCCUACCCUUUCACCUUUGAGAUCCCUCCGAACCUCCCAUGCUCUGUGACGUUGCAGCCGGGACCUGAAGACACAGGGAAGGCCUGCGGUGUGGACUAUGAAGUGAAAGCCUUCUGUGCAGAGAACCUGGAGGAGAAGAUCCACAAGCGGAAUUCUGUGCGCCUGGUCAUCCGGAAGGUCCAGUAUGCCCCAGAGAGGCCUGGCCCCCAGCCCACGGCCGAGACCACCAGGCAGUUCCUCAUGUCUGACAAGCCCUUGCAUCUGGAGGCCUCCCUGGACAAGGAGAUCUACUACCACGGAGAACCCAUCAGCGUCAAUGUCCACGUCACCAACAACACCAACAAGACAGUGAAGAAGAUCAAGAUCUCGGUGCGCCAGUAUGCAGACAUCUGUCUUUUCAACACAGCCCAGUACAAGUGCCCCGUGGCCAUGGAAGAGGCUGAUGACACAGUGGCACCCAGCUCUACGUUCUGCAAGGUCUACACGCUGACCCCCUUCCUGGCCAACAAUCGAGAGAAGCGGGGCCUCGCCCUGGAUGGGAAGCUCAAACACGAGGACACAAACCUGGCCUCCAGCACCCUGUUGAGGGAAGGAGCCAACCGGGAGAUCCUGGGCAUCAUUGUUUCCUACAAAGUGAAGGUGAAGCUGGUGGUGUCUCGUGGCGGCCUGUUGGGAGAUCUUGCAUCCAGCGAUGUGGCCGUGGAACUGCCUUUCACCCUAAUGCACCCCAAGCCCAAAGAGGAACCCCCACAUCGGGAAGUUCCAGAGCACGAGACGCCAGUAGAUACCAAUCUCAUUGAACUUGACACCAACGAUGACGACAUUGUAUUUGAGGACUUUGCCCGGCAGAGACUAAAAGGCAUGAAGGAUGACAAGGAGGAAGAGGAGGAUGGUACCGGCUCUCCACGGCUCAACGACAGAUAGACUGGGGCCGCCCUCCCUCUGGGCAGCUCUAGGACCACUCUCAUGCACUAGGAUGCUUGUUCGUCUUCUUCCUGUCCUGGCUCCCCCUCCCCUUUGUUCUUCCAGUUUCUACCAGGGGGCCUCAGCGGUCUUCCAGGUCACGGUGGCGAACCCCUGGCCUCAGGAUUGGCCCCCAUCACCAUGCCAACAGGGCCACAGGCACCACCCUCACCCUCUCACUGCAUCACUUCUCCGUCCCCCCUCUUUUCCUGUUGACCCCCAGACAGGCCAGCACAGCUCUGGCCUUGAAAUUUGACUCGGGAUGGGGAGCAGAAAGGGGAAGAUGGGCCACAAGGGUUUGGCGGGGCGGGUAUGGGUGCUCAAGACACGUGAGAGGAUGUGGCCACUGUCCCAGGUGAUUAAUACAGUUCUGGCAGCUAAAACAUGACCGCUUUGAAGGCCACCCUCCUCUGGCUGGGAAGGGACAGACCCCUGGAUAGAUUUUCCACACAGUUCUGCUCGAAGUUCGGACCCACCAAACACCUGUCUUCUUCCUCCCUCAUCCCUGCCCCCUGUCUCUCUGUGACUGACAGUGACCUUGGUGAAGGCUUGUAGACCCCCAGGAAUGGAGCAAAGCAGUUGGGCUGACUUUCUUACCAGCAGUUACCUAGUCUAAGGCAAGUCAUGUGAAGUAGCCCAAGUCUAUUUCAGUAUCGUCAGGAUGUCAUAUCCUAGCUGCCUUGUCUCAUCCACAGAUACGCACAGAGCAAGACAGAGAGAAGGGAGGGGACUUCAGAAGGCACCAAGGUCUCGAGGAGGUGUCCUGAAGGGUGACUCUGAGAUGGGGGUGGGGUGAGAAGAUGAGAGUCUGCCCAGCUCCCUUCCUUAAGAGGGAUCAGCGAGCUGGUGGAAAGCAAGGCUGAAAGGCUAGAAUGACUGAUGCUACCAGUGUCUUCCUGCCCUUGCAGGUCUCCAGGGCAGGACUGGAAGAGAGCCCCUGAGACCACUGUGCCCACAGUCAAGGCGGGUCCUUCCCUAGAAGGUGGAAAGGUCCACUGAGUUGUCUUCACCUAAAAGGAAGGGGGACUCCUUUGUUUUCAUGGGGAAACACCCCCCCCCCCCAACACACACACACACAGUGGCUCCCAGUGUCAUGGGUGUGCAGUAUCCAUGGGCUGAUGCUGGUGUGAUUAGGACAUGGGGCACACUUCCAGGGCAACAGGGCAGGCAGACGAUGAGGCAGAAAGUGUUAAAAGUUCUCUGUUUUUCUCUGACCUUUGAUGCUCAUUGCUAUGUGACUUUGGGCUGUGUGACUUUCCAUCUCUGGGCCUCAGCACUUCACCUAGAAAACCAAGGGGUUCGACCAGAUGAUCACAAAGGGCCUUCCCAGCUCUUCCUCCAAGAAUUUGUGAACAUUGGGGUUUCUGGUCUGGUGGGUGGAGCCAGAACCACUGAUUCUGAUCUGUCUGCCAUCAAGGAGGAUUCACUGAACCCCAGGGGUAGUGGGGCAAUGGAGGGCACCUAGCACCACCACCCCACACCCACUCCAGGCCUCAGAAGGGCCCUUGUAAGGUCCCUGGGCUGGGACAGGGUGGGCGGUUGCCUGACGUCAAGCUGUGGCUCUAGUGAGCAUGAGCCGCUUGGCCCUAGGGACCAAGUAUUACAGAAGGUAUUUGUAUUUGCUUGUAUUUGCUGAGACGUGGCAGGGGGAGGGGACGAGAGCUUGUGAUAGGCACUGCCCUAUUUUACACCCUCUUUGGAUGUCCUGAAGUUUACCUCAUACCCAUACCCAAUCAAAUGUAUUGAUUAGAAGGGCAAGGGGGUCUCUUGCUCCUUUCUAUCCCUGCCCCAUAGUUGUGAAAAAAGAGAUGGCCAAGUUUUAUUAUACAAGUUGGAUCUCAGCUCUUCAGUCCAGCCCCUCCUGGGAUGGACUUUGCAACCAUUUUUGAUGGUGAAAUUACCCAGUUCAUAGGCCUGGCACUGCACCCCAGCCCUUCCCUACUGAAUCUCGCUCCAGGGACCUCCACUCCAUGUCAGAAACAAGUCAGCUUGGGACAGUCAUCCUCCCCCAGUCAAUUCUAGGGUCCCAACUGCAUCCAGUCCCUCCCAGAGCUUGCUGGACAGUUUGUACCUCAUUGGGCAGCUGGAGAGUUAAUGAAUUGUUGGAACAAGGUAUGGCAAGCAUACACUCUUCAGGGUCAUCUUCUGGAACCUUUGGGGCUGGUAUAAGACCCUUUAGGAUUUGGGGUGAUCACUUACCUACAAAUAGACCUCUCUCUGUGUCCCUAACGCAGUCACACAAAAGCAUUGUCAGGCUGGUUUCUUGACCUCCUUCCACCUCAAAAUCACACUGACCAUUUUGGGUUUAUCACAGCGCUGAAAUGAAAUUUUCCCAGCUGCAAGAAGCAUCAUGGGCCUGUUUAACCUUUUGUUUCCUCUUUGGGCCCAGGACUACAGAAGAGCAGUGGUCAGGUUCAUUUGGCUUAACCAGGCUUGGCUGACAACUUCUCCACUUGGUGCUAAGCGCUGGAGACACAGAGUUGGGUCAGUCCCAGCCCCUGUCCUCAGAAAGCGGUCAAGGGAGAGUUAUAGGGGAAGUAAUGAGGGGCCAUUGCAUUCAGGGCUCCAUGGUUGCUGCUAGCCCGUACAGUGCCUUGAUGUGGGUUAGAAAUGGUGCCUCUUCCAGGUGGAUUCAACCCACUUAGGCAUGCACAGCUUCCCAAGUGGUCACAGGCUGGCGUUCAGCCCCACAUGUCCCUGGGCUGAGUGCCCUCCCACACAGCUGUGCACGGCAGCAGUGAACACUCAGCCUUCUUUCUGAGAAGGGCCCAGAUGAUCUUUCCAAGCCUCUGGUUGGCUCCAGACCCCACCCCCUCCUGCAGCUCCUUCUCUGCAGGUCCCCUCUCCAUCUGGAGUCAGCCUGGUCCUGGUGAACCCCUGGAGUGAAACUGGGGUUGGGGAGCCCCACUGGGCUCCAAGCACCAGCCCACAGCCCUGGCUGUCUCUGUCCACACAUUUGUGGCUGUGCUGACCACGUCUCUCCACGCUGAGACUUUGCAGUGGGUGGCAUGUAGAUAGCAGUCUGGGCAGGAAGGAAGAGCAUGGCCUGGGUGGAAGUCUACAGGCAGAGAGCCAGCUGGACUUCCUUACCUUCCCAGCCAAGAGAGGAGUGCAGUCCUUAGGAAGGUAAGGACUGAGUUCUUUGGCUGGACUCCACCAGCCUCCUCAGAGCCCAGACCGGCAAGGUGAGCUCGCUUGGGUCUUGGUUCAGCUGGGGGAGUUACUGACAAGCUGGUCCCACAUGGUGCAGUGAAGAGUACCCUGGCCCAGAAGUCCACGAUGCCUCUCCCCACUGGCUGUUGCCACCCAGCCGAGGAGCCUUGAAUGUCUCAUUCAACCUCCUGGGUGUGGUUUCUCUAACUGUAAAAUGGGACAGUCAUUUCUUUCCCACCCAACUCAAGGGACUUGUGAGGCCCAAAGGAGAUGAGAAUCAGCUCUGUAAUUUGCAAAUGACUGUUCAGGCCAUGGCCCUGCCACUGCGGGGGAGCAGCCCAGGGUCCCACAAGAAGUGUGCUGCCAGUGGAGCCCUCCCACCCACCUCCUCCGUCUCUUGCUCCCGUCUCACUUAGGCAGAGGUCAACCAGAAUGAGAGGAGGCCAGUUUGGCUUUGAUGACCCAGCUGAGAAGGAAAUUCAGACACUGUUCAGGAAUGCCUGCCCCCCAGGCCGUGGUCCCAGCAACCAAGACAGAGAGACAUGGAUAGUGUCAGUGAUUCGGGGGCUGGGUGCAUCUUGGUGUCAGAGGCCAGGAAGGCUUGGAUCUGAUCCCAGGUUCCGAAGAGCCUCCAGUCCCCAGACCUAGCACGGCUGAACGCCCUCCCCGCCCCCGCCCCACUUCCCUGCUGGAGAACCCCAAGGGUGAGGUGGAAUAGAAAUUGCCCGCCCCUUCAAAGUGUCAGUCCCCCUCCAGGAUCAACCAGAGCUGCCAAUUGUCACUUCUUGGUGACACAUGGGAGGGAUUUGGGCUCAAGGAAAGCCCAGGCCUCUUAACUCUGAGAUCUGAGUCCCAGCUGACUCAUACCUGGUGGUUUCACCAGCCCACAGAGGCAGCUUCCCUCCUGCCAGCGACUGGGGGCUGGGCAUCCUCCACCCAUCCUGGAGGAAGGCAUUAGGCCCCAGUCUUGAACUCUCCUAGGGUCCCUUGGACAUCGGCCUAUACUCGUUCUGAUGUUUUUAAAGUCAACACGGACCAAAACAGACUCUCCCCACCCUCGUGUGUAAGCCUGCCUUGGGCCUGGCAAUUUGUUCUGGCCCAGGCAGCUCCACCACUUUUGUCCUCCUUCCAGGACUGAAAUGGCCUAACUGUGGAGCAGGAUCCCCAUCUCUACCACUCCCCUGCAGACUCACUGCACAGUAGCUCCAGAGAGAGGCCCAUUGAAGGGGGAGCAUUCUCCCCCUCCACCACCCAUCACUCUCUUCCAACUCUUCACCCCAAAAGGGAAGUCAAAGCACAGGUCCCUGGGACCCAUGAUCCAUAGACUCUGAAGCACUUGUUUUCUAACCAAGUGCUGUGGAACCCCUGUAUUCCACAGAGCUUUGUCAGGGGCUGCUAAGGUGGGAAGAUGGGGGUGGAGCCAAAGGCUAUGUCUCCAGCCCUCCCCACCCCCUCAUUCCUACUUCCACCAGAACAACUCUUCUUUUAUCUGUGUUGCCUAUCAAGGUUUCACCUUCAAACUUCUCUUGAAAAAAAACUUCAAACCACCAUUCUGAGGUUUGAUCCUAGACCAGCAAGCACAGGUUCUAUUCUUGCUUUUCAUGCUGGAAUGGCCCCAGCAUUCCAAUACAAAGUAUCUUCGUAUUGGAACUUGCAUCACAGACCCAGGCCCAAACAUUUGCUUAUUCACACACACACACAUAACAUGUACACACAUGUAAACAUGCAAACACUUGAUGGUUUUGUAGCUCACCCCCACUGAAGCUCUGGCCUGGGUUUGACUUGGGCGGGGGCCUGGUGCUGUGAGGAUGGGUCUUGUCCCUGAUAAUGGCCCAGGCGUUGUGGGGGGCCGUGAAUGAAGCAAAGAGGCCCAGCCCCACCCCAGGACUUGUGUCUGUGCCCCAGUGUGGCACCUGACUUUCCUGACCCGGGCCCAUGAGAUGAUAGAGGAGCAGUGUGAUAGGAAGAGAAAAUAGAGUUGGGUUCCUCUUUAAUAUACAGCCAGGUGGAAGGAAGUCCAGAUUUCAAAAAAGAAAUGCUGAGGGGGGACUUUAUGACCAAAGUCCCUCCUAUGAAGGCAGGAUUCCUCCAGAUUCCUUUUAAGCAGCAAAUCUCCCUGAAGCAAUUCUGAUAGGAUUCUGUUCCCACAUUUGUAAUCAACUGAGUGUGUGGGCUACAGGUGGGUCCCUGAAGAGAGGCUGGUCCCUCCACCUGCAAUCCCCCAAAUUCUCUUCUUGCUGGCCUGCCCCUCUGCCCAGGUCCCCUCACCAGGGGUGACUAAGAGGUGGGCACUUUGGGGAGACCUGGACCAACUCUUGGCACAGAAUCCUGCCUGGCCCCCACCCAGGGAAUUCCAGGUGAAAAUGUUAGACUUAGGACUCAGCAGCCAUGUGGCAUGGGAGAAAGAGUGCCAAGUGCUAGUCUGUGUUCAGUCCAAGUGUGCCCUUGGGGUCCUGACCUCAGUUCCCCCUUGUGUAAGGUGGAGAUAGUGCCAGGCUUUGCCCACCUCAAAGGGAUUGCCGCAAGGGUCAUGGGAGACGUGGGUAUGAAGGGGGACUCACCAACUCAGGAUGCAUCAUGGCCUGCUCUGCAGAUCCAAGAGCACUUGGGAUCCGUGUAGGAUGACCGUCUUCCUGGAGCAUUUCUGCUCAGUGUUGGGGUCUAGCCACAGUUGCUGGGGGAGGGGGCUGCCUCUUCCUUCCCAGUGGGAAGCCGGCGCUCAGCUGGGGUGUGGGGAGUGACAAGUGACUGAGAACUGGUCUCCAGGUCUGUGGUCCUUCUGUUAAGUGAUUCUCUCGUGAUACCCUUAUUCCUGGGCCACCUUCCAGGUUUAUCUGUUGUACCUGUGGCAUUCCUUAUUAUGUCAGAUAAGUUAUUACAGUUUAUCAACUCUUAACAGGACAAAUGAACAAAAGAAUCAUAAGUAGGAGACCAUUAAAGGUCUUUUGUGACAGA